AUGGCUGAGCUGCACGAGGAACAGAAGGCCGUUGCGGAGGAGGUGCUGGCCGGCCGAAAUGUCUUCAUCACAGGACGCCUCCCCGGCUGUGGCAAAUCCUUCCUGCUGAAGAAGCUGAUCGAGAUCUUGCGCUUGCGCAAGGGCCACGAGGCCGUCGCUGUUUGUGCUUCGACCGGUGUGGCUGGUAUCCACAUUGGGGGAUCAACGAUCCACUCCUACCUGGGCUGCGGGAAGGCGGAAUCGGAGGAGGACUGGGAGAAGGCUUCCCGCAGCCGGAAGGCCAAGAAGCGCAUCCGCCACACGGAGGUCCUGCUGAUUGACGAGGUCAGCAUGCUCUCAGGCGAGUUCCUGGAGAAAGCUGGAGAGCUGGUCGCUCGAAUACUUGCUUCCGAGAAGCCCUUCGGAGGCCUCCAGGUGGUUUUCUGCGGGGAUUUCCUGCAGCUCCCACCAAUCAAGGCUGAGUUCAUGGCCUUCCAGUCCAGCGUGUGGGGGGCCUUGAGCCUCAGGCAUAUUGUUCUGAAGCACAACUUCCGGCAAUCAUGUGAUCACGAGUUCCAGUCGCUGCUGGGUCAGCUGCGUUUGGGCGUCUUGGAAAAGUCGAAGCUGGCCGCCAGCUUCGACACCGAAGGCGGUGCGAAGGUCCAUCCGAAGAUCGUCAGCACCAACGACGAAGCGCUGAAGAUCAACGCAAGGAACCUCGGCAUACUGCCGGACAAGGCCAGGACCUUUUCCUCGCGGGAUGAGGCGGACAACCCGCGUGAUCCCGGGGUGGUGAAUGCGCUGGAAAGUCUGCUUGUCGAGAAGACGCUGGAAUUAAAGGUGGGCUGCGUCGUCAUGCUGCUGAAGAACCUUCGCCUACCAAGCGACUGCAAACCCGUGGUUUUCACCACUCCUCGGAGAGGAGGAAAGCGCCCUUCGGAUCUCGACAUCGACUACGACACCAGCUUCAUGGACCUCCCCUCCGAAUAUCAGGGGUUGCAAACCCCAUUGGUCAACGGCAGCAUCGGCAUGGUGGUCGGCUUUGAGCAUUCCUCGGAGCACGGAAUGGACUGCCCGCUUGUGGAGUUUUCGCGGGGGUACCGCCGGCUCAUCGUGCCUGCGGAAUUCUCCGGCGAGCUCGGCCAUCUCGGAAAGUACAGCCGCACGCAGGUGCCCCUCAAGCUGGCCUGGGCUCUCACGGUGCACAAGACGCAGGGCUUGACUUUGCAGACGGGGGAGCUGGACCUAUCGAGGGCUUUCGAGACCGCGCAGGUGUACGUGGCACUCUCCAGGUUCCAGACGCUCGCAGGGGUGAAGAUCUCAGGCAUGCCGAAGCGGAUCCCCAGCCCAUCGCUGCAGCGUGUGCAAGCGAUGGAGUUCCAUUCGUCCCUGGAGCCCUAG